CACACUUGUGUGAGUAAAAUCUAUAUAAUACCAUGGUCGAUGUAUUGUCGUAUACAAUACAGCAGUUCUUCUAUUGAAGAUAUUGAAAGCUGUAAUUAAUAAGUGUAUAACUAUAAUAAUAGUUCUUUCUUCUUUAUCAGGUGAUCUGUAAUUAAAAGCACAAAAGGAAUACAAUUUGGAGGCUUCACAUCCAUUUAUAGAAUAUGUAUGAAUAUAAUUCAGGAAAUCAAAUAAGCCCAGAGAUACAUCAAUGGUUUGCCUUAGUUGACAAAGACAGAAGCGGUAGAAUUACAGCAACUGAAUUACAAGCUGCAUUAGCAAAUGGAAAAGGUGGAACCUUUUCCGAAUCAGUUUGUAAACUGAUGAUCAAUAUGUUUGGUCAAAAAAAAGAUGGUACUAUAGAUAUAGUAGAAUUUCAAGAGGUAUAUAAAUAUAUAAAUCAUUGGAUUAACUUCUUACGUGAUGUCGAUCUUGACAAUUCUGGAACUAUACAGGAAAACGAAUUAAAUGUAGUAUUAACUAAAAUGGGUUAUACAGUUAGUCCUACAUUUGUAACAUUUCUUAUAAAGAAAUGCGAUCCUGGGAAUUGUCAAAGUAUGAGUGUCGAUCAAUUUAUCAUGUUUUGUAUCCAAUUAGACAAAUUUACAGGAGCAUUCAGAAUUAGAGAUACGGAUAAAAAAGGAGUCAUUAGUGUUGGAUUUGAAGAUUUCUUGACAAUAGCUGUCGAUUGUAGCUUAUACUAAAUAUAUCAUUAAUUAUAAUUGAUACAAAUUGUCGAUUGGCUAUUAUAUGCAAAAAGUAAUGCUUCACGCUGACUAUGUUUAUAAUUAAAUUAAAAUUGUUAUUAAAGUAUUAAAAAUUUAGGAAAAUUGAUAAUAUUAAAAUUAAGCAAAUACUAUCUAUUCAAUAAGAAAUAUUAUAAUAACGAUUUUAAAUUUAAACGAAUUUUAUAUUUUAAUAAUAAGUUUAAUAAGUUGUAUCCAUGUGCAAACAGGAAUAUAUUUGUCACUGGUCAACAAUACACAUAAUAUUCCUUUUUAAUAAUA